AGACAUCUCUACUCGAUUUAUGUUUUGUAAUUGCUGUGGAUUUUGUUGUUUAUUUUACUUAUGUGCUGAAUGCUGUGCUAGCAUUGAUUGCUUUGGAAAGUGUUAAUAGGCAUGAAAUUUAAUAACCUACAAAUUAGUUCCACGAAAGCAUAAAAUGUUAAAAUGCCCCCUAAGGUGUCCAAAAAAGUUGCAGGAAUAAUCUUGAGAAGUAGAAAAACCAUUAUGAAGGAUGGUUUUAUAUCUUCAGGUAUUGGAGAACCAAGUAUAUAUCAUGCAUUGGUGGUAAUAUUUUUGGAGUUCUUUGCAUGGGGUCUCUUAACAUCACCAAUGAUAACUGUGUUAAAUGAAACAUUCCCCAGUCACACAUUUUUAAUGAAUGGUCUUAUUGUCGGUAUAAAGGGUCUUUUAUCUUUUUUAAGUGCCCCUUUAAUUGGAGCUUUGUCAGAUGUUUGGGGACGAAAGUUGUUUCUUUUACUUACUGUAUUCUUUACAUGUGCUCCUAUUCCACUGAUGAAAAUUAAUACAUGGUGGUAUUUUGCAAUGAUUUCAAUAUCUGGAGUAUUUGCUGUGACAUUUUCCGUUGUUUUUGCUUAUGUUGCGGAUGUGACUGAGGAGCAAGAAAGAAGUGCUGCUUAUGGAUUAGUGUCUGCAACGUUUGCAGCUAGUUUAGUCACCAGUCCAGCCUUAGGCGCAUACCUGGGAAAAUUAUAUAAUGACAAUUUAGUGGUUGCAUUGGCUUCUGCCGUAGCCAUCCUGGAUGUUUUUUUCAUACUAGUGGCUGUACCAGAAUCACUGCCGGAAAAAUUCAGGCCUGCCUCAUGGGGUUCUCCAAUAUCUUGGGAGCAUGCUGAUCCCUUUGCACAAUUAAGGAAAAUGGGAAAAGAUAAAAUGAUAUUGAUGCUUUCUAUUGCUGUUUUCCUGUCAUACCUACCUGAAGCAGGCCAAUACUCUUGUUUUUUUGUUUAUUUAAGACUUAUAAUGGGUUUUUCUGCUGAUGAAGUAGCCUUGUUUAUUGCUGUUGUUGGACUCUUAUCCGUUAUAGCUCAGACUGCAUUUUUAGCAAUGUUAAUGAAAACGAUUGGAGCUAAACAUACUAUAAUGGUUGGAUUGUUAUUUGAAAUGUUACAACUUAUGUGGUAUGGAUUCGGUUCAAGGACAUGGAUGAUGUGGGCUGCUGGGGUUUUAGCAUCUGUAUGUAGUAUUACUUAUCCUGCCAUCAGUUCUUUUGUUUCCACACAUGCCGAUGCCGAUAAACAAGGUUUAGUUCAAGGCAUCAUCACUGGAAUGAGAGGCUUAUGUAAUGGGCUGGGCCCAGCACUUUAUGGAUUUAUAUUUUACCUUUUCCACGUGGAUUUAAGUGGAGAUGUGAAUGACAGUAUACCAUCAAAUAUCCAUGGAUUCAUUCAUAGCGUAAAUGGAACAUUGAUAAUUCCUGAUGAACCUAGGCUUAUACCUGGACCUCCAUUUGUUUUUGGCGCGUUUUUAGUGAUGUUGGCCCUAUUAGUUGCAGCUUUUAUUCCGGACAAUCCAAGUUCCACUGUUGGAGUCUGGCCACCACCUCACCAUUCUGAUUCCUCACCCAGUUCCACCCCUCAACCUAACAAAUCUAGUGAUGCUUUUCAUUUUGAAGUGAUUCACAAGAGAAAUGACGGAUCUCAGCCUUUAAUGCAAGACACCGAACCUUUAUAGCAAUCACUGCAAAGCCCAUCAUGGCAUAAUGGGGUCAAUAAGGGAGAACCAGUCGAAGAAACUGUUGUUUGAAGUUGUGAGCAAAUUCCACUGCACCUAGCUUUAAGAAAUAUAUGUAAAAUGCUCCCAAUAUAGGAUCGGAAAGCUUCGAACUCAACAAAAAUGGUUGUGCCUCAGCUGUUUGUGUUAUAUUCUUCCAAAAAGAAUAAUAAAAAAAAAGACAUUUUUCAGUUUAGUCAGCUGAAAAGUGUUACAUUUUAAAUCAUGACACGAUAGGGGAAACACAUUCCUGUGAUUUUUUCUUUCAAUUGUUGUAUUUUUCUUUGGAAUAUAAAUCGUGUUCGUGUCCUCUUUCUCUUUUUUUUCCACAUUUUUUAGUGUUCAUUUUUGUGAUAUUGAAAGUGUUUGUAGAAAAAGAAUUCCUAUUGAAAUGAAGAUGUAUACAUACAAAAUAUAUUCACUAGCUGUUGUCCUUUUCAAAGUCUAAGUUUUAAAUGCUGACUAGUGUGCUCUGUGCUUCCAAUUUGCAUUUUUAAAUAUAACUUUGAAUGAAAAUUGCAUCAGGGCAUCAUAUAUACAGAUACUUAAAAAUGAAUAUUUUUCCUUAUGAUUUCAUAUUUUUAGAAGAAUGAAAAACACACCUUUAAGCAUAUAGAAAUGUCCUUUAUAAUUUAAUAAAAAAUAAUUUUAAUAGAUUUUCUAAAUUGUACUGUUUCUAACUUGUAUUUGAGCUUCAUGAAAUUUUUUUUCUACCAGUAUUACGUUUAUUAUAUGCUAUUGAAUCCAUUUUUUGGAGUUUUAGAAAAUUAUAUAAACUGUACUUUUUUUUAAUGUAUUUACUCUUUUGAAAAGUAGGUUUAAAUUAGAUUUUUUUGUUAAAUCAAUAAUUCAACGACUUUAGACUUGGACCAUCUGUUAGAAAAUAAUUAUGUACGUGGAAUAAAUGUUAAGCUAAUUUUAUUCAUAAAUGAUGUAUUUUUAAAAAAUAAAAAUAAUGUUAAUAAGAUUUAUUUUGGGGGCUGCUUCUGUAGACUGAAGUGCGAUUAGAAACCAGAUUUGUAAUUAAGCUUUGGCUAUCAGUCGCCAUUAAAAUAGUUUUAAAACAUUCGUGUAGUACAGUGACAAGGCUAAGUUUCAGAUAGUUAAAAUCUAAAGUAGACAGCCGUGCAGAGUUUCAGAUCAGAUUCUUCCUCACAGCACUCAAACACAUUAACCAAAAAUGUAAAUUUAAUAUCAUAAAACAAGAUCAAUACAAAGUGCAGUGAAAUAUUAAAGAACAAAAUAAAAAUUAAGUCAUUAGUGUCAUUUUUACUGGCAAAAUUAUUGCUACAUGUUUAUUGGCUCACAUUGAUAAAAUUACAGGCAUACUAACUGUUAUAUAUAUUUAUAUUAUAUACAACAUUUGUUGCAAUCUAAUAUCUUAUUUUGAAAAAAGUUGAUUUGAAAACUGAUAAAUAAUUUAAAUGUUCAGUACUAUAGAAUAAAUAAAAAGGACUUAGUUUAAAAUUGCAUGUAAUUUGUUUUAUUCCAUUAUAAGGUUCUUUUCCAAAUAGAAGCAAUAUCAAAAUUUCUUUGAGAUUUUUGAGGAAUUCCAAUAAACUCCAAAAUAUAUUAAAGAUAGUUGGCAUUUCUUUUAAAACUACUAAAUUAUAAGAUGAAACUUACAGAUUUUAGUAUUAAAAUUAACUGUUUAAUAUUUUAUUGUGUGAAUUAUGGUAUGAGAAAUUGUCUUAGUAUAGCAAAUAAUUGAUAAUUUUAUUUCUAGUUCAACAUAAGUGUUUACUUUAUUUAGAUUUUUCCUAUAUGUCUAAGGUUUUUUUUUAAAAUUUAAAACUAAUAUCUUUAUGAACUUUUAGUGGCAUUAAGCUAUUACUUUCUUUUUUUUAAUCAACUUAAUAAAAUAUUUUCUUCAUAGAUAUGAUUCAUAUUUAAAAAUCUCAAAACAAUUGUUAACCUUGGUCUUUCUCAAAACAAAAAAAAGAAUUCUACUUCCCAUAGCAUUACUGAAAAUGAAUUAAACUGGUUUUUAGCUUACUUGUACUUAAUAAAAUGCGUAAAAUAGUUCAGUGAUGAACUUAAAAAAAUAAUUUCUGUAUGAUUAAUGUAUAUUUCACACAAAUUUAAUCCAUUACCAAUUUUAUACUUUAAAAAUCGCAAGAUGAAUGUAUCACAAAACUAAAAAUUUUCAAACUAUUCAGCAAUUUCUAUAACCUGGAGAUUCUCCACAUUGAAAGCCACAUUCCUAACUGUAUUAUUCUCUGCAUAGAUAACCAAUUCUUCCCGUGCAAUUUAAUAUGGAAACAGUUUGAUGAAAUAUUGUUCUGAUUAAAGAAACUGACAGAAGCUUAAUAUAUUCAGACUAAAUAGAUUUUAGCCUGAUUUUUCAUAAUUUCUUUCAAAAAUGUUCUGAAGACAUGUAUCUUAUAAGUCCUUUUUGUUAAUGCCUAGACAAUGACAAAUAAGGGCUGAACAAAAAUGUCAUGAUUUUAUUUGAACUGUAAAACAUUCAUAUUCUAAUAUUUGAUAGGUUGUUGUGUUGUCAUACAUUAAAAUGUAAAGAAAUAUUUUCAAGGCUAAUUAUGUCAUUUGUAUUACAAUACAAAGUGUGUUCAAAAAAAUUUGUGAAUGGUUUCUUAAAAUAUAAGUAACAGUUGCAAAAUACCUUUUUCUGGUAUUUAAAUAACUUGUCAUUAACUACAUGUUGCGUAACUGCUGGAUACUGUAAGCGAAUGCUUAUUAACACUAUUGUCCACCUCCAAAGGGUUUAAACCACUCGUUGCUUUGUUUUCCAGAGCCACAUCUUCCGGUGUGUUAAAUUGGUCUUAAGCGUGCUUUUUUGCUGUACUGUCAGGGUUUGGAUACUAGAGGGCGUUAGUUGCAAUGGCUUUAUAACCACCACAAUUAUUCAACUAUGGGACCAUUCACUGAAUUUUUUUGAAAGCACCUUGUAUGUGAAAUAAAGGUGAAAAUUAUUUCAAAAUUUAUACUUUUUCAGUACUACUGCCACUUUUUGUUUUUCAAAAAAAAUUACUUUUUUUUUGCAGUGUUUACAAAAAUAUUUGCUGUACCUUCUCCAAUAUACAGCAUACUAAAUUAUUCUUCAGGUAAAUUCUGAUCUGUGAACUUAGGUAAGGCUUAAUUUAAAAACUUGCAACUUCUAGAUGUACUUUUGAACUCCAAUCUAGUCAACAAAAUGAGAGUUUGUGGUUUAAAAUGCUCUACAGACAUUUUUCUCCUACUCCGAUUUUUUUUUAAUUGUAUAAAAGUUCCAUUUUUUUGUUUUAUAUUGUGAUUAUUUGAUAUUAGAACAAUUUCACUGGUAUAGCUUUUAAAGUUUGGUACUGAAUGAUUAAGUUCUAUAAAGCUUUUUCUUGUACAAAACAGAAUAAUAAAGAAUGAUUUUUCUUA